UUGUUGACGUUUAUUACAGAAGAUGCGAGCGAUAAGAUGUCCUACGGACGAGCUCAGUUUAAGGAAUUGUGCUGCAAUUAGUCCUGUUGACUUUCCAAAAGAUGUCAAAUAUAUCGAGGUAACGACAUUACCUAAUCAAAACUAUGUAUUUACCGUCGAGACACACAACGACGUGCCUCGUGGAUGUGUGGGAUUCAGUUUACCACAAAGAAAGUGGGCGGCACUUUCUGUAGACCAGGAAAUAGACGUACGUCCGUAUCAGUUCGACGCAUCAUCAAGUUCUAACUUCUUAGGUACUAUUGUAUUGGAAGCUGAUUUUCUGCAGAAGACAAAAACAACGACAGAGCCGUAUGACACCGAUUUAAUGGUCAAGGAUUUUCUUUUCAAAUUUUCCGGGCAUGCAUUCACAGUGGGACAGCAAUUGGCGUUCCAGUUUGGGGAUAAAAAAAUGCUUGGGCUGGUGGUUAGAGAUCUUGAGGCACUUGACGUGACUGCUAUUGAGCAAGGACAAAAAUCAAAGCCCAAAAAGACUAGGAUGGGUCGCUGUCUUGGUGAUACGGUAAUUCAAUUUGAGAAAGCAGAAAGUUCGUGUCUAAAUUUGAUUGGAAAAGCUAAAGGCAAAGUGGUGCGACAGUCAAUCAUCAAUCCAGACUGGGACUUUGCAAAAAUGGGAAUCGGUGGUCUUGAUAAGGAGUUCAGCGCUAUUUUCCGACGAGCUUUUGCCUCGAGAGUGUUCCCUACUGACAUUAUGACCCAGCUGGGUUGCAGACACGUAAAGGGAAUUCUGCUUUAUGGUCCACCUGGUACGGGAAAAACACUCAUGGCUCGUCAGAUCGGUACUAUGUUGAACGCCAGAGAGCCCAAGAUCGUCAAUGGUCCACAGGUUCUUGACAAAUAUGUAGGAGAGAGUGAAGCCAACAUCAGAAGGCUGUUUGCUGAAGCAGAGGAAGAGGAGAAAAAGCUUGGGCCAAACAGUGGGCUUCAUAUUAUUAUUUUUGAUGAAAUUGACGCAAUCUGUAAAUCUCGUGGUAGUGUAGCGGGCAACACUGGGGUUCAUGACACUGUUGUAAAUCAGCUGCUGUCAAAGAUUGACGGUGUGGAACAACUCAACAAUAUUCUCGUAAUUGGUAUGACCAACCGAAGAGACAUGAUUGAUGAAGCUUUGCUGCGUCCAGGUCGGCUUGAGUUGCAAAUGGAGAUCAGUUUACCAGAUGAAACCGGGAGAUUUCAGAUUUUGAAUAUUCAUACAUCACGAAUGCGUGAGCACAAUAAAAUUGCUCCGGAUGUUGACCUGAAAGAGCUGGCGGUGCGCACUAAAAACUUCAGUGGUGCUGAGUUAGAGGGUCUGGUAAGAGCAGCACAAAGUACAGCUAUGAAUAAAUUAAUAAAAGUCUCUAGUAAAGUAGAGCUGGACCCUUCAGCAAUGGAGAAGCUGAUGGUUUCAAGAGCAGACUUCCUACAUGCGCUCGAAAACGACGUCAAGCCGGCAUUCGGUACAGCCGCAGAAGUACUGGAUCACUUGCUAGCCCGUGGAAUCAUUAACUGGGGUCGUCCUGUCGCUGAAAUAAUUGCUGACGGUAGUUUGGAUAUUCAGAAGACCCGGGCUGCUGAAGGGUUUGGUUUGGUUUCUGUUCUACUGGAAGGACCACCCAACAGCGGAAAGACUGCAUUGGCUGCUCAAAUUGCCAAAAAUUCCGACUUUCCAUUCGUCAAAGUUUGCACCCCAGAUGACAUGGUUGGACACACUGAGACUGCCAAGUGUCUCGCGAUACGUAAAUUCUUUGACGAUGCUUACCGUUCCCAACUCAGCUGCAUAUUGGUCGACAAUAUUGAACGUCUGUUAGAUUACGGGUCAAUUGGACCUAGGUACUCUAAUCUGACUCUUCAAGCGUUGUUGGUUUUAUUGAAAAAACAACCACCUCGUGGGAAAAAAUUACUUGUACUUUGUACUACCAGUGACAGACAAGUACUAGAUGACAUGAAAUUGAUUUCUGCAUUUAAUACCGUUCUUCAUGUGCCGAAUUUAUCAACACCCGAUCAUUUAUUAGCAGUAUUAGAAGACCAGGAUGUAUUUACUAAGCAAGAACUUACGAUGUUACAUGCUAAGCUUCAAGGAAAACGUGUGUUCAUCGGUAUCAAAAAAUUAUUGGGACUCAUAGACAUGGCCCGACAAGUAGAACCAAGCUACCGAAUACCUAAAUUCCUGUCGAAACUCGAAGAGGAAGGUGGUCUUGAGUAA